AUGGAAGGGGAAGGAGAAGACGAUGAAAUUGUCUGUUUAGAUGGAUCAUUCUUCAUCGAUGACAACUACCAACUUACUACAUUUACAUUUGGGUCUCAUGUUCUUGAGCUCUACUGCUUACAGUCAUCUUCAACUGAUUUUGAUUUGACAGGGCAGUUAGUAUGGCCUGGGGCAGUGCUUUUAAAUGACUAUCUCUCAAAAAAUGUUGAAACGCUUCAAGGACGUUCUGUUAUUGAGCUAGGCUCUGGUGUUGGCAUUACUGGGAUGCUUUGUAGCAGAUUCUGUCGUGAAGUAGUUUUGACAGAUCAUAAUGAGGAGGUUCUCAAGAUACUGAAGAAGAACAUAGAGCUGCAGGAAUCUUCUCAGAAUUCUCUUUGUUGUGCUGAAUUAAAAUUUGAGAAGCUAGAGUGGGGAAAUUCUGACCAGCUCAACAGCAUCUUGCAGGGGCAUCCAAAAAAAUUUGAUCUAGUUCUUGGAGCUGAUAUCUAUAUCCAUAUCUUUACUAUUCAUCAACUUGUUUUAUAUGCAUGUUCGUGA